ACCACUCCACACCAUUUCUUUCUCUUACAUUUUUUCUCUGCAAUUAAUCCCAAACCCUAACAACUGGUCCACGGCCACCGAGCAAUGCGACCCCGCAUUGAUCACCGCCAUCGUAAUCAGAAAACCGAGCAAUGGGAUUUUUAUCCGGCGAGGGCAUGACUAUCGCGAGAGUUUUUCGGUUUUGUUGAUUAAGAGAGAAAAAAAACGAAGGGUUGUCGUUGAGAGGAAAAGGAGAGAAUCAACAAGUACGAAAGAAAAAAAAGGAGAAAAAAUUAAUUUAUAUUUUGGCGUAGUAUGUGUGAUUUGGUGGCCCGCACUGGUAGGCAUCAGCAACGGUACGAGGCCGGUUGUCGCCUAGUUGCCGGGUGUAUUCCAUUUAGGCAUAGAAAUUCAGAAGGGAGUGAAGAUGCCAAUAUUGGGAAGAUUGUCGAGGUUCUUAUGAUUAACUCAACAAGUGGACCAGGUCUUUUGUUUCCAAAGGGAGGCUGGGAGAAUGAUGAAACUGUUCAGGAGGCUGCAGUAAGGGAAGCUAUUGAAGAGGCUGGAGUUCGGGGGGAGCUAAUGGAUUUCCUGGGGUAUCAUCAAUUUAAGAGUAAAACCCAUCAGGACGAGUUUUGUCCAGAAGGUCUAUGUAAAGCUGCAAUGUUUGCUUUGUUCGUUAAGGAGGAGCUUGAGUCAUGGCCUGAGAUGAACACCCGAAAGAGAACUUGGUUGACUGUACCAGAGGCAGUGGAUAGUUGUCGGCAUUCAUGGAUGAGGGAUGCCCUGGAGAAUGGCUUCUCCAAAUGGUAUGCAGAGAGAAUGAUGACUGCAGGGGAGGACAUUUCUGGGGAACAUUGACUACUUCCUGGGGUGUGCAGUGCAUGAAGAAACAGCCAACAAGGCCGGCCAGAUGCGCGCAAGCAAGUACCAGAGAGUUAUUUUGGGGGCACUUUUAUUUUGAUUGGUCAGUGAAGUAACAGACCAAUAUAAAGCAACCGAAUUGCGUUUACCAAGAAUCAAGAUACUAUUUUUCUAGCUUGUUUUCUCUUAUGAAUUUACCUCUCUGACAUGUUUUAAUCCAGAGGGCAUCUAAAAUUUUAGUGAGUCACCUUAGAUUAAGUUUUGGCCUCCGGAUGGCUCCUCUCGAUGAUGUCUAUUGAUAUGCAUAACACUUUCAUUUGCAA